CAAUGCACCUCUUACCUUUUCAUCCAAAGUUUGUUACAUAAAGUAUCGCGAGCCUUCCAGUGUUGGUGUGGCACAACAUUUAACCAACACUGUGUUUAUUGACAGAGCUUUGAUUGUUGUGCCCUGUGCUGAAGAUGACUAGAGUGACCCAGGCUACACUACUACACUAGCCUGACUCAAGGCUUUGUUUUCCAAGCCACUAUACCCGCCGGGGCCCACGCUGCCUUCAAGGGGGGAAUGUGACCAGGAGCGUAGCCGCUGAACCUUCCAAGAUGGACACCUUGUCUCUUUUUCUUUUCUUUUCUUUUAAUUUCAUUUUUUUUUAUUUCUCUCACAUGUUGUCCCUUUUUUUUGCCUCUUAGAAGAGUUGCAUAUUCAUUGUAUUGUUUUUCUUUUUUUUGUUUUCCUGUCCCCUUGUCCCCUCGUCCCCAAUCCCACAGUUGCAUACCUUGGUGUCCAGGUUGACUUGCCGCCCAGUAUUGGAGGGAAGUUUGAACGUGUGAUGCAGCCAACAUGAACGGUUGUCUUGUGUUGCACACCCUUUCCAACACUGUGACACGAUCGCCCCAGGGAGAAAAGCGCCCAUGCUUGAUAUCGUAUGGUUCAUGACCAAUAUGUUUCCAGUACAGGAAAAAUCCCUGAAGAGGCAAAGGCGCUCUCGCUUUUGGCCCCCGCCACGCCAGUGGCCAGCCUGAUGAGCGGAGGAGGACUUCUGCCCAUUCCAAGCCCUGCUACACUACAGAAUCGUGGUCUUCCUUUAGCUAAUCUGGGGGUCCUGAAGUCUAGUUUGGACACAUCUGUGGCGGCUCUGAAUGCAAUUGCUUCACAGCCUCCGCUCAUGGGAAAUGUAGAUCCCUCUAAAAUUGAUGAGAUCAGAAGGACGGUGUAUGUCGGCAAUUUGAAUUCACAGAGCACCACAGCAGAACAGCUCCUCACGUUCUUCAAGCAAGUUGGAGAUGUUAAAUUUGUUAGAAUGGCAGGAGAUGAAACCCAGCCUACACGUUUUGCUUUUGUGGAGUUUUCUGAUCAGGAAUCGGUGACACGAGCGCUUACAUUUAACGGAGUCAUGUUUGGCGACAGACCACUAAAGAUUAACCACUCCAAUAAUGCCAUAGUGAAGCCUCCAGAGCUCACACCUCAAGCUGCGGCCAAAGAGCUGGAGGACGUGAUGAAGAAAGUCAGAGAGGCUCAGUCAACCAUUGCUGCUGUUAUCGAACCAGAAAAUGAAAUUAGUUCAUCCAGUAGAUCUAGACGUUCCAGAAGGUCCAGAUCUCACUCCCGCUCCCCAUCACACUCACGAAAAAAGCGAUCCAGAUCCAGGCACAGGGGACACCAGAAGUCACAGCAGAAGGUGAAUGACUCCCGUGGGUCCCAUAAGAGGCGCUCACGUUCCCGAGAAAGGAAACACAGCCAGAGUCGAUCUUAUUCUAGGGACCGAAGGAAGGACAAGGACAGCAAAGUAAGGAAAGAAGGUGACUGGGAAGAAAAGAGGCCACGGGACAAAAAGGGAAGGACGCCUCCUAAACGCUACAGUGGCUCUAGUCGUUCCCGCAGCAUAAGCAGAGGCCACAAGAAAAGAAGCAGCUCUCGAUCCAGGUCACCAAGGCGGAGAGCCAGGUCACCAUCUCCGUCUAAAAGAGGCAAGAAAGAUAAAAAGAGGGAUAAAGGACGGGACAGUAGCAGGGAAAGGACAGAGAGCUCAAUGUCCAGGAGGAGAAGCAGGGAUUAUGAACAUAAAUCUAGACCAUCACUGAUGGAAAGGGGCUAUGAGCAGGCGGACCACCAGGAGUAUGACAGUGAAAUCGAUGGGUUGGGUUCUGUGGGUAGCGUUGACAGAUCUCCUCAAGCUUAUCUCAACGGCAGCUAUAGGAGCACUUACGCCGAGGACGAUGAUCUCUCUGCAGCUGAGUGAUACACGUGUACCCAUAAUGCCAAGAACAGUGAUGUUGUCUGGAGAGCACAGCAUCAUGUAUGAUACUGUAACAGCUGUCACUCCUUUUGAAGUGUUUUCUCUUGCGUCCAUUGCUGUGUGAUUGUAGGCUUCUGGAAACAUUUUCUACUGCUGUGAAUAUGCUACCUGUCAUAUGAUAUUCAUAUGGAUGAAAAUGUAAAGUUUUGGAUAGAUCUUUAUUGUGCUGAGAGAUGCGGUGUAUUGAAUGAAGGUGCUUUUGUUGAGGUCACUUUUUUAAAUUAGUUUUGCAUUUGUUUUCUUUUGCAUGUAACUUUGUGUUUACAUUCUUGAGGAAAGAUGUUGUUUUAUGCUAUUUUGUUUCUCUUUUCAGUCCAUCUAACUAAAACAAACCAUUAUUACUGUGAAUAAUAAAAAAUAAUAAUAAUAAUUACCCCAAAAACUAUAUAACAUAUUUUGCAUAAAGACGAUAAUGCAUAUUUUAAGAUGGUUUAGAUUUUUCUUUUGACUUUUAAAUAUAUUUUCCUUCAAACUCUCAUUAUUGCUAUAAUGUAAAAAACAAACAAAAAUAAAACAUUCUGCCUUUUAUUUAAUUUUACCUAUUCACAUUAAAGUGGAAUAGGAGUUGCUUAAUUGUGAUGAAAAUAAUGCUAGAAAUUGAUUUUGGGGUACCUAGAGAUUCACCCACUCUACCUGGUCUUUUCCAUCAUUUCUAUUUAAAGUAAAAAAAAAAAAAAAAAAUUACAUUUAGUAUGUGUGUAUUAUAACACUACAGAGACCCGUUUUUCGUACGUCAAUAACUGGAUUUGAUUGUUGAUGAUUUGGCAUGAUCUUGGAUUGUUUGGUUCUUCAAAACUCAUCCCGGAGUUGCUGUCACAGCAAACUUAAACUUAAACUUAAACCUGCUCUGGUACAGGCUUCUUCAUGGAAACGGUUAGAUCCCAUCUUUUUAAGCAGAACUGAUACUCAAAAUCUGUCCCAGCCACUGCUACUUUAUUAGAAGAGUACCCUACCCUACUUUUUUAAUAGAAAAUCACAAAAUGAAUACAAUAAAUAUUAUAAUGUUGUGUAGUCAUCAUCUGUAACACUAUAGAUACAGCCAGCUUUACUCGUUGAAAAAUGUAUUCGCGAUUAAAUAUUUACUUUAUAAAGGCAUUGGAGUCUUACACACAUGCUGUACAGUUAAUCUGAAACGUGCAUUAAUUUGGGGUUUGACCCUUGAGAAACUUUAACGCUGUCACGUAACAAAUCUGCUUCAAAGAUCAAAUUUAGUAAAAUGCCAGUUACAACACUUAAAUAUGUAAAGCCUGUACACAUACUAGAAAUCAUGAAUAUAAAUAAUUACAAUAGUAAAAUUAUAAUUAAUGUAAUUAUUAUUACAUUUAUGUAGUUUUGUUCUCUUGGCUGGUUUAGUUUUUUUUUUUUUUUUUUUUUCGUCUGGUGUCUUAAUUAGGGACUGCAACGGCAAAGAACGUGCGAUCAUGCGCGACGUAUACAUUGUAACGGUCUACUAUGGGAGUACAGCUAAUUUGCCUUAGUCGCUAAAUUACUCCUCGACAGAUUAAAAGGCGAGUAUAUUUUGCCUGGUAAAUCUAGGUUUAUGACUUACUGGCAUCAUAAAUACUAAAAACUCUUCUUCUGACAAUAAAUUGACUUUUCAUGCCAAAAACACGCUUUCUAUUGCCUGUUAAAAUUACAUUUUUUAUUACGCUAAUUUAAAUGAUUGGAUGUUUCACCGUCCUCUCGGUUGUUGGUUUUGCUUAGUGAUUUUUGCGCUCUUUGGCUAAGGUAGUUAACGUCAGUUCGCCGUUACCGUUCCAUCAGCUUUAAAUCCAUACAUCUGUCCUUUUCGGGGAACACGAGAACGCGCACUAAUCUUAGACAACUUAAUCCAGAUAUUUUAAUCAAACCCGCAUAUUCGUUUGAAUAACCAAAUUAGCAGAGAUCCCUUAUCACGAUUACUAGAUCUGGAAUCUUUCACAUACAAGCGAGCGAGGUACGAAGAACGGACCCAAGAUGAACUGUGUUGGAGCACAGUGUAUGUUAAAAGUGCCUAGACAGAGUUUGUGGCAACAAAAGAUGUAAUGACAUAGUAAAUCAAGUCAAAAAAGUUAUCUAGUAUUAUCGGAAGGCUUGUGUAAAAUGCAUAGUUUCAUUAUUUUUUAACAGUAUUUUGUUUGAACCAGUGUAUACAGUCCUACAGUAACCUCUUCAUACAAAUUGUUGUGUGGCAUAUACUAAGAUGUUUAAUAGGUUUUCUAAGAGGCCCUUACUGACUGAAGAGCACAGCAACUUUAUUAACAGUGACUGCUGUCUCCUUCAAAUUCAGUACAAUUUAAGCUUCUGAAGAUUAUUAUUUUUUAAUAUUUUAUUAUAAGUGGGUACAGUAUAAAUAAUUAUAUACAGCACUUGUUAGCUGCAGAACUAAUAUUAAUAAGAAGUGACUUAUUUAUGAUAUUGGUUUGUGUGAUUGUGUGCGUCUGUUUAACAUAUGGGUAUAAAAAAGAUUUUCCCUGACAUAAAAUUUACAUUAAAGAGUUUUACUUCCAGCUUAUCAA